AUGCCUGGCUGGGGUAUUCAAACUUCCUCUACCUGUGAAAUUAAGAGAGUCACACAUUCAGACUCCGGGGUUUACUGGUGCCAGUCCACACACGGUCACAGCAGCAACGCCAUCAGCAUCACUGUCAAUGGUUUAGAGAACCCAGUGAUCCUACUGAGUCCUGCUGCCCCUGUGGUGGAGGGAGAGAACAUCACUCUGCUCUGCAGAACAAAGAAUCCCUCCAACCUCCCUGCUAAUUUCUUUAAAGAUGAUCACCCCAUCAAAAGUGAAACUGCAAACCACACGACCAUCUACCAAGCAUCUAAAUCUGAUCAAGGUUCCUACAAAUGUCACAUAAGUGCUCGUGGGGAAUCCCCAUCCAGCUGGCUGCUGAUACAAGAUCAUUCUGACCUUCCCACUCUCACACCGUCUCCCAACUCAGCUCAGAUGUUUGAGUAUAAGGACUUGAAUCUGAGCUGCGGCGUUCAAGGAUGGACAGUCAAGAGAUUCAGCACCUUUGAUAAACAAGUGUCCGGAUGUGAAAACUGGGGAAAAGCUACUUCCUAUGGUUGCAGCCUCCACAAAAUCAAGGGGCUGGACAGUGCUGUUUACUGGUGUGAAUCUCCUACACACCAGCGGAGCAACUCAGUCAACAUCACAGUUUAUGAACGAGAAUAUACUCCAGUAAUCCUGCAGAGCCCUGUCCUCCCCGUGAUGAAGGGAGAUAAUGUUACUCUGCUCUGUGAAUCAAAGAACAGUCAAUCCAACAUCCCAGCAACUUUCUAUAAAAAUGAAUCUAUUAUUGGGACUGAGCCUACAGGUCACAUGAUCAUCUAUAAUGUCAGAAAGUCUCAUGAAGGCAUCUACAAGUGUAACAUGAGUGUGGGAGUGUCUCCAUUCAGCUGGCUGUUCAUCAUAGAUCCUGAAGAUCCUGAUGCCCCAACCUCAGAUCCUCACAAAAACCUGUCUUCUCUGGGAAUACUGCGCUACAUCUUGGUGUACUUCCCAUAUGUAAUUUCCACAUUCCUCAUGGCUUCUAUAUAUCGCAUGUCUGCAGGAAGGAGCUCACAUUUUUCCAUAACGAUGCCUCCACCCACCGAGGAAGAUGAGGACCAGUCAUAUGAUGAUGUCAUGGCUGACGUCACCACUGAGCAUAAUUUCUAACUUAAACUCUCUGUCAUGUGUUGAAG